UUCUGAUCAAUGGACAAGGGGAUUAACCUGCCAAAAAUGGCUGAUAUAACCAAGACAGAAGAACAGGAAGUAGAGAAGAGUUUGGAUGAAGAAGUGGAGAAAACACCUCAUACUUUAGAGGCAGAUUCAGGUAUUGGUUGGGAAGGCGAUGGUUCAACUUCAGGUACAGUGCACUCCACUGAAAAUGAAAAAGAAGUUGAUAGUGUUAAUCAGGAUGGCAGAGCAAAAAGGAAGAAUUUAGAUCCUGAAGAUGAACCUCCUAAGAAAGUACCGAGUGUGGUAGGCCAUGGGCAAGCUGUAGCUGCACAUUAUAAUGAACUUCAGGAAGUUGGGUUGGAAAAACGUAGCCAGUCUCGCAUAUUCUACCUCCGGAACUUUAAUAAUUGGACAAAGAGCGUCCUCAUUGGUGAAUUUAUAGACCGGGUACGACGGAAAAAGAAUGAUAUAACUGUUUUGGAUCUAGGAUGUGGCAAAGGUGGAGACUUACUGAAAUGGAAAAAAGGCAGAAUUAAAAAACUUGUCUGUACUGAUAUUGCUGACAUUUCUGUGCAACAGUGCAAGCAGCGAUAUGAAGACAUGAAAGCCCGAUGUCGUUAUAAUGAACAUAUUUUUGAUGCAGAAUUUAUACAAGCAGAUAGUACCAAGGAUCUCUUGUCUUCAAAAUACAAUGAUCCAGAUAUGCGCUUUGAUAUUUGCAGCUGUCAAUUUGUUUACCAUUACUCAUUUGAGACAUAUGAGCAGGCUGACAUGAUGCUUAAAAACGCUUGUGGGAACCUCUCUCCUGGAGGCUAUUUCAUUGGCACAACUCCAAAUAGCUUUGAACUUGUAAAGCGACUUGAAGCUUCAGAAACAAAUUCGUUUGGGAACGAGGUAUACAGUGUAAAAUUUGAAAAGAAGGGAGAAUAUCCCUUGUUUGGCUGCAAGUAUGAUUUCCACUUGGAAGAAGUGGUUGAUGUCCCGGAGUUCUUGGUUUACUUUCCAUUACUGGAGGAAAUGGCGAAGAAGCACGGUAUGAAAUUAGUCUACAAAAUGACAUUUCGGGAAUUCUAUGAAGAAAAAAUCAAGAAUGAGGAGCAUAAAAUGCUGUUAAGGAGAAUGCAGGCCUUGGAGCCAUAUUCUACAUUUGGUGAUUCCAGGCUUGUUUCUGAUAAACCUGAUGAUUAUGAGCAUGCAAAAGAGUUCAUCAAAGAUGGCAAGGCAAAAUUACCAUUGGGAACCUUGAGUAAAUCUGAAUGGGAAGCAACAAGUAUUUACUUGGUAUUUGCAUUUGAGAAGCAACUGUGAAACUUCACUUACUGGAUGCGGCAAGAAGAGAUCAUAUCAAUGUGCAAGUUGGAAUGGUCAGAAAUCCAUUGUGGCAACUAUUUUUUUAUUUUUUAUUUUUUAAUUCAGAAGUGUGCAGGACACUACCAAAAAAUAGAGCAAGCUCGUGAUUCUGAGUUACAUUGCCUGUCUGUGACAGAUGGACUUGUGUGUGUAUAUAUAAGACAGAUUCUGAACCAGUCUUUUUAAGCAUUUGUAAGCAAUAUGCAUGCUCUCAAAACUCAUGUUUGAACUUGACACAACUUCAUGUUAGAAACAAAUGUUUUGUUAGUAGAAGUAUGUUUGUGAUUACAAGCCUGACCCUGCACUUUCUGAAGUUGAUGGAAAAAUGACUGUUGACUUCGGUGGUGCAGAAUGAGGGCCUAAAUAUUGUAGUGCAGAGCUCAGUUAAUUCAUAAUGAGAUAUAUUCAGACAUAUAGGGUAUGUCUACAUUGCAUGCAGAGCUAAGUGGCAAAUAAUAUCUCAGUCAGUUUGAGUACCUCUGUGCUGUGCUCAAGCCUGCAGUGUAAAUCUACCUUAGUGGUAUUCAAGGUGUAGUUUACAUGGUAAAGUCCCAUAAUGUUCUUGGGUUUUGUGCUUGCUGAUAUGUAGUGUCACUUCAUGUGCUGUCAAGAUUAAAUGAGUUUGUUCUGUACAAAACUGCUCUGAAAGAACCGAAUUUCAAAAGUUUUAAAUCUUUCCAUCGUUUUUCCAAAUAUGACUAUGCGGUAAUCAAUAACAGCUGCUGAACUUAGAUUACUGAACAUUUUCUGUUGUAUUAAAGACUCUCCUGACUUUUUGGUAGUUUUACUGUCUCCUAAAACUUAUUAGACAGAUCUUAGGAUGUGUUUCUUACUUGUUUCAUAAAAUUCCAAAUGCAGAAGGAUGAGCUAUUGGUGGUGAUGGGGACCUCAUUGCAAUCCUUUAGGCAUUAGGAACAUGGUCACGUACUGGAUCAUGAACUAAAAGGGGAGCCUGUAUAACAUUUGAGGAUACUGGAAGUUCACUCUUGGAGGGAGGGCUGUGUAUGUGUGUACACACCCACGGCAGUACAUGUGGAUAACAAUUCCCAAAUUAGAGCCAAAUAUUUUAUUUGGGAAUGUAAUCUAAUGAUAUCAAUAGGCAGAACUGUGCCUAACUACCAUCUUAACUGCUUGUCAGAGCAGUUUCUUAGAGCUGUCUUAGGGAUUUCUGACAUGGUGUUUGCUCUGGUUUCCACAUGCCUGUAGCCACCCACUACUGAGAGGGUGUGGGUACUUCAUAUUUUUUCUCUCCAUUUUUGGGCUAACAGUAGCAGUUUGCUGCUGUUGGGUAGUGUGGUUUACAUAGAGGUGAAAUGUUGCUGGUACAUGAGUAUUUUGAAAAGAUAUAAUAAACCUAGGAAAGAACAUUUCUGUUACAAAGUUAAGCGCUCAAAUUGUUUGAGUUUGUAGUUGUAUUGCCUUCUCCCUGUAAUUAGGUCAUACUCUUCCCUUCGUGACUUCUGUUUUUUUUUUUUAUUGUAUAGAAGAACACCUAUAACCUUCACCAAAGCAGUAGAAUCACAGUCAGUUCUGCUGCUGAAAUUAAGAAAACAAGACUCUCUCUUUUCUGCUAGAACUAGUACUCAUGAAACUAGCUGAAAAAUGCCAACACUAUAGAAGUCCUGAAAUGUUUCAUUGAAAUUUGUGUGCGUCAAAGCUAGUUUUGUUAGAUUUAUUGUAUUAAAUUUCAUUUGCAGGUACAUUGUUAUGCUAUUUUUUGGAAGAAAUCAGAAUAAUAAAAAGAGAGGGGAAUACA